CCAGAAACGAAGCAGCAGUGUAAUUGGGACUUGGUCCCAGGUGUUCCAGAAGCGACGAAGAGCGCCCAUUGUGAAGAGUAGGGAAGGUGCACUGCACGCGAGAGGUAGCGCGGGAGGAGUCAUAAGCCAGCGAGAGCGGAAGCAGCAGUGUAGUGAUAAAUGAUGAAGUAGUGAGUGCGCGGAGGCGAAACAUUUCGAACGAAACGUGAGAACGAUGUGUGAUGGUGAUUGAUCGCAACGAGUAGGAGCGGAGUGGUGUGAAGUGCGACGAGCCUCACCUUACCACCGUUCGAGGCUGUGUGCAGUAGCGGACCUAUAACGGUAUCAUCCUCGAGAUUUACAGGAGUGAAGGACUACUGGUGGUCAGAACUUCGUCGAAGGCCAUCGGAGCGGAGAUUAGCGAGGGACGGGACUCAAACUGUGUGGACUGCAGCGGCGCGAAAGCGAGUUGGCGCGCAGUCAAACGUAUAUCUCGUGCAGUCUAGCUGACGAGGAUUCGCGGUGGUGAUCGUGAACAGGUGGUAGGGAGCGAGAGAGCGAGGAAGGAAGGCGCUUAAUCAGGAGCUGGUAGCUAUGUCGGUCUGGGUGUGGCACGGUGUCUCUGUGUCAGUGUCUGAGAGUGUGAGAGACAGAGAGAGGGGGAGAGAGAGAGAGAGAGAGAGAGAGAGAGAGAGAGAGAGAGAGAGAGAGAUGGCGACGUUUUCCGGAACGCGGUUGGAGUCGAUCAACUAUGCAGCUCUGUUCCAGUUCAAUCACCUGUCGCCGAAGAUUCAGGGGCACUUAAGGCGUGUGUACCAGACUUUGGCGCUCGUGGUACUUUUCGCUGCGGCUGGAGCGUACGCGCACAUUUUGUAUGGCUUAGGCGGGCUGUCGACCCAUCUAGGGUUCAUAGGCUGCACCAUAGCCUUAGCUUUGACCCCUCGCGAAGAGGAAGGAAAGAGAUGGUCGAUCUUGAUGGGCUGCGGGUUCUUACAAGGCUGUUCGCUUGGUGAGCUUGUGGAGUAUGUCCUACACGUCGACCCGUCAAUCGUAGGCGUGGCUUUUGCAGGAGCACUGGCGGUCUUCGUCUGCUUCUCUGCUAGCGCGGCUAUGGCGUCACGGCGGUCCUUCUUGUACCUUGGUGGUGUGCUGUCUUCAGCUUUGAGCAUGAUGUUCACCAUGACCCUCGCCGGAUGGUUGUUCGGGGCAUCCAGGUUCGUGUUCAAUCUGGAAGUAUAUGUUGGUCUGCUGAUUUUCUGCGGCUUCAUUCUGUUCGAUACGCAGCUUAUCAUCGAGAAGGCGGCGGGAGGUGACACGGAUUACAUCACCCACGCUCUCGACCUGUUCGUCGAUUUCGUGGCCAUCUUCGUCCGCCUGUUGAUCGUGUUGUUGCAGAAGAACGAAGACAAAGAGAGGCGGGAAAGGAGGAGAAAAGAUAGGCGGUAGGGGAGUAUAUAGUCGAUGCUACAAUGCUAUUAACUACGAUAACUAUUGGAUAGACUUUAACUACUAGCGAGAGAGAGAGAGAGGGAGAGGAAGCGCGAAGUAGAGGUGAGGCAGUGGCCGCUGUCUCUGCGGCGAUAUCCUCCUCGGUCAUGAAUCAGGGUUGGGAGAGGAAACGCGAACAAUAGAUCAGGUACCGGCUGCAGCGUCUGAUAUCUGACAUCUGACAUCUGACAUCCUGCUCCGUUAUGGAUGGAGGAGGAAUAUCUGGGCACUGAAGUUGGUGGAGAGUCGGAGACCAUGGGGAGGCAGGAGAGAGGAGUAGAAAGCAGUGCAAAAUCCCCCGUUGUUGUGGUUCUUGUUCCUCGUCGUCUGGUGUCCCAAUAUCUUCUCCGGCUGACGUGAACGGAGUAGGGAUAAGAAGUGAAGGUUUAGGGAAGCGGGGCGUGACUGCAGGUGUCUGUCGCAUCUGCACCUGGACAGCGUGUAUGUCUGGAACCGUUCUUCUUCGAGGACGGCUCGAGUGAGAGCGGGACAUUCUCUCUUCAUCUCCUCCUUUGGCUGCUGCUGCCGCUGUAUCCCCUACGCAGCAUGUCGGCCCGUCCUCCAUCCACCGCUGCUGUUGGUGGAUUGAAGAGUCUGAGGUGGGAAGAAAAGGAGGAGAGUAUGUUCUCUCGCUUGGUAUGAAGUGGGGGAGCGAAGUGGGUGUGGUGGCUGGGGGUGGAUCUGAGGAAAGUAGGCGAGGAAGAGCGAGGGGCCAGAUGCCUGGAAGGAGAGCGAGAGAAGGGAGGGGGGAGGAUGAGCGAAUGAGAGACUGGAAUUGUAGAGAGGGGAGGAAAGUAGAGAAAGAUGAAGAAUGGAGAAAGAGGGAGUCAGAGAGUGAAGGGAAGACGAACGAGCUAGGGGAACAUUGCUGAGGAAAGCGGGGGGGGAGGGAAGGUUGGGAGCGACGCGCGAAAACGGAGAGGAUGGAGAUGAGGAACGGUGUUUGAACCUGGCAGAUGAAAGUGGAUAAGAGGAGAGGACGAGAGUAUUGGAGAGGAGGUGGUCGUGAGAGAGAAUUGCACAGCGCGAAAUCACUGACAGCCAAACCGGUGGUGCUGAGAGGAGAGAUCUUGAUCUCUCGGGACAUCAAUUAAAAUUGGAACGGUACACAGACAGAAAAUUAGCUUGGCCCCUGCUCAAGGAUGAAACGCAUAAAUCUACAAAUGAGAUCUUGCAGCGCAUGGAAAUGGCGGGAACAUGUGUAUCCGGACGGGAGAGAGAGAGAGAGAGGUUACUGAAAUGUUGAAGGAAGGCACAUAAAUCUACAAAUGAGAUCUU